AUGUUAUACACACAUAUUAACGGUGAAAAACGUUUGGAAAAGACUAAAUAUCCUAUUAUGUUCAGAAGGCUCAUAAGAACUUUGAAUAAUACAUGCGUUUUUAAUGCAAAAAGGGUUAGAUAUUUUGACAAUCAUUGCAAUGUGUGCAUGUAUUGUACCCAUGAGGGGUGUAAGCUUUUUAGAAUUAAAGUCCAGCUUCGAGACCAAGAGUUUCUGGCUGAAGUGUAUAGUUCUGGUUUAAAUUACCAUCACAAUCCAGAGGACAAUGGUCUCACGAACCAUGUAAAAAGGAUUCAGCGAGACUUACACAAAGAAGCGCUAAAAAAGACUAAAGCGUUUUCCUUCAGGUCGGACGCUGUUGACAUGGCAUCACCCACUCAGUUGAAUUGUGGUAAUUUGCAAGGCAUUAAAUCAGAUGACGUCGUCAGAAAAAUCAGAUCAGAGGCCAUAAGUGCCGAUGAUUAUGAUAAAGAUGAUUUUCAUGACCUUGUAUUGAUGUGUAAUGACAAAGAAAACAACUUUGUAAAGCAUGUCGGCGUACCGUCCGUUCACUGUUAUAGUAACGAGCAGUUGGACAUACUAAAAAAUCUGAUUAAAAAACAAAAACCAGUAACUGGGUAUUUGUAUGCAACUGGUACAGUGGUCAGGAAAAUUGACAAGAACAGCAAAAGGGUUCUGUACUAUGUUCUAGUUGUUAAUGUCCCAUUACCUAGAGACUCAAGUGUCACGUGUCCUGUUGUUGAAAUGAUUAGUUCAGCCCACGACAUUGCGAUUUCACAAUGGCGGAACGCUUUUAAAGAAUUCGUUUUGAAACACAACAGACUUGGCCAGUAUUCACAAAUAUCGUGA